AUGAUCGGGUCAGUUGGUGCCACUCUGCUGGGCUUCCUGCUGCAGAUCCUGUUCGAUGGGACGGCCGGCCAGCAGCUGCUCCUCGCGCGUCCCCAGAGAUCGCUGUUUGAGGCUCCCCUGGAGCACCUGGAGCAUCUAGAGCACCUGGCGCCGGUGCCCGCUCUGCCCCCGCUCGGCUGGAAUACUGUGGGUGGUGGCCUGGGCCUGGGAGUCGGCGGAGAAUGGGCCUACAACCCCGUUGGCCUGGGUCACAUGAACAAGGAUGAUCUGCUGACCCUGCUGGAGGCCUGGAAGGAAGUGGAACAAGAGUCGGCGACCACUACAACUACCACUGCUGCCCCGCCGCCAGUGGAAACGACAACCAGAAGGCCAGCUCCUCGUCCUCUGCCGCCACUGCCUCCGCCGCCACCGCCUCGGCCACGUCCUAUACCCAUACCCAUUCCACUGCCGGUGCCUGCUCCCCAGCUGCCUUCCGGAACACCCAUCACCGUCAGGCUGCCAGCAUUUGUGCCCAUCCGGCUGGCUGCCAUGUGGACUCCUCCUGCAGGCGGACCUGGAUCGGGAGCACCUGCUGCGCCAGCUGCUGCUGCUGCCGGCGAUGAGGAUCUUGCCACUGACGACGUUCCCGACGAUGACGACGCCGCUGCUCCCCGUCUCUUCCGCUUCAUGCCCAUGCCCCUGGCUCGAGCCAGACCUCGGAGCCAGCCGCAGGCCCGUCAGCAGUUUGUGGUAAGGAACACCCUGGACAGCGUGGACGUGGGCACCGCUCCGGUGCGGACUCAGGUCAGGCCGGAGGUCAAGCCCAAGGUAACAGUUGCACCUGCUCCACGCGCCCAGCCAGCUCCAGCUCCAGCUCCCUUUUUCCGGCCCGGAACUGGUCUGCCGCCGCAUCUGGCCAACGCUCGUUUCGAAUUGGUGCCCUCCUCCCAAAUCAUCGGCAACUGGCGGGAGUAAACAAGCAGAGGAGCUGCCAGAGAUUCCACUAACCAAGAGAGGAGACCUGAGAACUGGGAGUUCCCCAAGGAGGCUUCCCCCCGCACG